CCCGGACCCGUUAGAGUGAAGCACAGCUCGACUCGGAAGCAGAAGGAUGUGGCUGCUGUCAGUGUUGGUGCCUCUUGCCAAACUGUAUUUAUGCGGAGUUAAAGUCCUUCUCUAUCAGAUGUUCAACAGAUCUUUUACGCUACCAGUCUUGCCCAAGCAAAAUGGAAGGGUUGCCAUUGUGACUGGGGGUACCCGAGGAAUGGGUUUUGAGACAGCGAGACACCUGGCAAGCCUUGGCAUGCAUGUUAUCAUAGCUGGGAACGAGAGAGAAGAAGGCAGAGCAGCUGUCAGGAAGAUUCAUGAAGAAGGCAGCGAGGGGAAAGCUGAGUUUGUCUUCCUGGACCUGACCUCGCUGAAAUCUGUGCGACAGUUUGUUCAAACAUUCAAAGCCCGAGGUCUCCCCCUCCAUGUUCUGGUUAACAACGCCGGGACCAUGCUGGUUCCUGAGAGACAGACGGAGGACGGCUUUGAGUUCCACUUUUGUCUCAACUACCUCGGCCACUUCCUGCUGACCAACCUGCUGCUGGACAUACUGAAGAGGUCAGGACGACCAGGCUGCUGCUCCCGUAUCGUCAACAUGUCCUCUGCAACACAUUAUGCCGGCGUUAUAGACAUGGAUGACUUAAACAGGAGGGUCUGCUACAGUUCCCAUGGUGCCUAUUCCCAAAGCAAACUGGCUCUGGUCCUCUUCACCUACCACCUGCAGGAGCAGUUGAUGGCCGGUGACUUCCUGGUGACAGUCAAUGCUGUGGACCCCGGCAUGGUGGACACGGCACUGUACAACAACCUGUGGACCCUCGCACAGGCGCUCAAGAAGCCAGUAGCCAAGAUACUAUUCAGGACUCCAGCAGAGGGAGCCUCCAUAAGCGUCUAUGCUGCAACUGCCUCUGAGAUGGAGGGGGUGGGUGGCUGUUACCUGUACAAUGGCCAGAAGACAAAGUCCUCUGACAGCUCCUACGACUCUGAGCUACAAGCUGAGAUGUGGAAAAAGAGCUGUGAGCUUGUAGGCCUGUAGGCAGCAUGACAUACCAGGCUAUAACCCUCACAGGUGGAAUAGUUCCAUCACGCUUUUUCAGUUUUUCACAGCAGCAGAAGCCACAUAGAUAAAAGGGUUACUCCAGCAAUUUCAUAUUGCAAUUCCAUAAAGUUGCAAUGCAAGUGACAGAUUAAAAAAAGAAUGAUCAAAAUCAAAGCAGCAGAGGCUGAGAUAUCUUUUACUUCCUACAUUUCCCACAAUGCAACUUGAUUCUAUCGUUUAUUAGACCACAUCUUUCCCCCCGACCUCGCUCGCCCAAAAAAACAGAGGUAUGAACUGAACCGUGGCUCAAAAAUCGAGAUCUGAACCGAACUAUGGAUUUGGAGAAUCGUUACACCCCUAAUAUCUAGUGAUAAUAUCAGGUUUAUCACCAGGUUGAGUGAUAGUAGGUUACUAAAACAGCUAAAGUAAAGGUGUGUUCAGACUGAAGGCAAAGUGAAGCUUAGAGGUUGCAAUAGGAGUGCUUUAUAAGAUGCAAAGAUGCAAAUAGAUACAGCUUGCUCUGAGUAACAGAAGUUCAAGUCAAGUCAGUUUUAUUUAUAUCGCACCAAAUCGCAACAGAAGUUAUCUCAGGGUACUUUUCACGUACAGCAGGAAGACCGUACUCUUUAAUUUACAGAGACCCAACAUUCCCCCAUGAAUAAUGGGAAGAAACCUCGAGCAGAACUGGGUUCUAGUUAAGUUUAAAAUGUUUCUACUUGAGUGAAAACAUCACACAACAUCCUGAGGAUUUACACACUUAAUGAACCUGCAGGGUUAGCUAACCACAACUAACUACAGUUGUUACAUUGGUUGUUAGGGGUGAAUAAACAUGGACACACAAAAUCAUCCUCACUUAAGGUGUGUUCAUACUGACUCGAACCAUGAGCCGUCAAAGGAGUAGUUGGGCAUUUUGGGAAAUACAAGAGUUAGAUGAGAAGAUUGAUAUCAUUUUAAUGGCUGUACUGUCAAUAUGAAGCUGAAGCCAGCAGCAGCUUAGCCUAGUUUAGCAUAAAGACUGGAAACCAGGGGAAACAGUAGCCUGGCUUUGUCCAAAGGUAACAGAAUCUGCCUCCCAGUGCCUCUAACAAAAAGCUCAUUAAUUAAAACAUGUCAUAUCUCAUUUCAUAAUCUGUACAAUAACCCAAGUGUAAAAAUGACAAUUUGCCAUUUUAACUCAACUUAGCCAUUAAAUGGCAAAUUGCCGUUGCUACACUUUGGUUUUUGUGUUUAAUUUUGUUUUUGUUGUUGUGGUGGUUGUUCUCAUCUAAUUAGUUUUCAUAUAAGCAUAUUUCCCAAGAUGUCAAAUUAUUCUGUUAAGUUUAUGUUGCCUCUAGCUUUGCUCCACAUUUGUAUUUUAUGUUUUAGAUGAUGGUCAGGCGAUGGUGGAUGACUUUGGUGCCUGAUAUUUAAUCAGUUAACUGACUGAGUUUCUUUAAGUGUUGAUGUCUUUCAAUUUUAUGUUAAAUAAUCACAGACAAUCUAAGCACAUGUGGAACCUAAAUGCCUUAGCAGUAUUGAUCUGUUUUGAUUUUUUUAAAAUAUUCCUGCACUGUCUCCAUGUACUGUAUGUUUCCAUAAUUGUGAUUGUGUAUGAUAUAAUGUAAUGUGUAUAAUACUGUAACCAUGGACGUUUAGUUCAAGAUGAACAAAUCAAUCAAACAUCUUGGUGAUUUUUCAUUGAGAUUGACUUCAUUUACACUUUUGAUCAAAAAGCAUAUUUUUGAAAUUAAGUGUAAAUAAGUUUUUAAUGUGUUUAUUUCUAUGCUAGAAUUAAGUGGUACUGUGUGGACCAGAUCUCAUAAGAUAAGCACUAUAUUUGUCUAAUAAGUCUUACUUUUUUAACAUUUUUAGUGCAAUGUCCAUCCAAUCCAUCCAAAAUGUUUGCUAAAAACGUUGUGCCACCUCUUAUUCACUGUGAAACCCUAAUAUUUUAUGAAAAAGUGUGAAGUCAUGUAUGUAUAGAAGUAUCUUUUAGAUAAUUACUCAUAACAGCUAAUGAAUUUUGGAUGAGAAUUUUCCAACCAAUAAGUAUAAUAUAUAUUAAUCUUAGUGUUGUGUGGCUCAGUGGUUGCUGAAAUCUAAGAAAAAUAUUUUUUUCUUAUUUAUACAUGGAAUUAUCAGGAACUGCCUAUCUUUCCAUGUAGUCUAGCUAAUCUACUGCAAGCUGACACAGUUUGAUUGGUCCUUAUAUUUAAAGGUGCAGUGCCUUGAUGCAGCAGAACAGAUUGUCGUUUUAUUCCUUGUCAAAACCUGGCACCUAC